AUGGCAAUCUCCACAAUCUUCACUUCCUUAUUGCUUGCACUCACUCACUACUUUCCCAUCUUUGUAACAAGCAAUCUUAGCCCUCCAAUUCCCCAUUGCCCAGAAAAAUGUGGCAACGUCCAAAUAACUUACCCGUUCGGAAUCGGAGAAGGAUGUUUCCUAUCUGGCUUCGAAGUCAACUGCAACCAAAGCAUUCCCUUUUUAGGGCGAUCCAACCUUCAACUACUCGAGAUCUUGCCCGGAGAAGUUCGCAUCAAUUCCACCCCCUUCAUAUCCAGUUCCUUCACCAGCUUUGAACAUUUGAUCAAACUGCCCAAAAAGAGUCCUUACACAUUCCCUGUAAACUCGAACAAGUUCAUCGUUGUGGGAUGCAAUGCAUGGGGAUCCAUCUCAGACAGUGUGACUGCAAUCAACUCGUGCAUCUCGAUAUGCCUUGGAAGGAAGAAGGUGGUUAACGGUUCUUGCAGCGGGUACGGCUGCUGCCAAGUUGAUGUUCCUUCCUUCAGGAAGUCGCUCAAAAUAUCCAUCAUCACUAUACUUGACAGCAUGAAUUUGACCGAAUUUAGCCAUUCUCGUCACGGGUUCGUUGUCGAAGAUGGAAGCUACAAUUUCACAGCGUCAGAUCUUUUGGACUUCAACAGGGACAUCCAUAUGAAGCUUGAGUGGGCCAUUGGAAAAAAGAAUUGUGGCCGAGUUAAAAAAUUGAAUUCCUGUAUAUGUGGGGAGAACAGCUCUUGUGUUAACAGCAUUACAGGUUCUGGUUAUCUCUGCAGAUGUGAUUAUGGGUAUCAAGGGAACCCUUAUCUCAAUGGCCAACAAGGAUGCCAAGAUUUGGAUGAAUGCAACUCCACUUCCAGUCCAUGUGUUCCAGGAGCUAUUUGCGAGAACAGAGUUCCUGGGUACUUUUGUCACUGCCCAGCGGGGACUCGGGGCAACGGUUCCACAUCCAGAAACGGCUGCCACAAGCCCCACAAGCACUUUCCAAUGGUUGAAAUUGUCCUAGCGGCUGUAGUGAGCGCCUGGCUGCUGACAACAUGUAUGUAUUUGCUCUAUUUGGUUCAAAAGAAGAGACACCUCAAAAAUCUCAAUGCCCGUCAGAAUGCAGGCCGCCUACAACAAAUUUUCUCUCUGAGCAAAGGUACAGCUAUCGAACACAUCAAGAUCUUCUCUGCCCAUGAGCUCAAGAAGGCUACCAGCAACUAUGAUAGAAGAAGAAUUCUAGGGAGUGGUGGCCAAGGCACCGUCUACAUGGGAACACAAGAAGAUGGAUCGAUUGUCGCAAUCAAAAUACCAGAAGAGGUGGCCAUAUGCCAAGUUGAUCAGUUCAUAAACGAGCUUAUCAUCCUUAGCCAAAUUGAUCAUAAGAACAUUGUUAAGCUCUUGGGCUGUUGCUUGGAGACUCCAGUUCCAUUACUCAUCUAUGAAUUCAUCUCUGGCGGUACUUUAUACCAGAAACUCCAUCAUGAUCCCAACCUUACAAUUCAAUUAUCAUGGAAGGACCGCCUCCGGAUAGCCCGUGAAAUUGCGGAUGCUCUUUCUUACCUACACAGUUGUGUUUCAAUGCCUAUUUUCCACAGAGAUGUCAAGUCAUCCAACAUACUAUUAGAUGAGAACUUCACAGCCAAGCUCGCCGAUUUCGGAGUCUCUAGGCUUAUUCCAAAAGAAGAAUUCAGGGUGUCGACGCCUGUGAAAGGGACUAUAGGAUACUUGGAUCCUGAAUACUUCAAAACUGGAAUAUUAACAGAGAAGAGCGAUGUGUAUAGCUUCGGGGUCGUUCUGCUCGAGCUUUUGUCAGGAAGGAAGCCUGUCCAACACCAACAGACACGAGACUACAGUAGCCUGGUAAUGCAUUUCCUCUCUUAUGUUGAGAGAGGAAAUUUGCUUGAGGUUCUAGAUGAAGGAAUAGUGAGAGAGGCAAAAAUGGCGGAUUUGCUAGCUAUUGCAAAGAUUGCUAGAAGAUGCUUGAGUUUGAAAGGAGAAGAGAGACCGACCAUGCAAGAAGUGGCACGGAAGCUUGCCUGCCUUGGAUGAUCUUAUAUGCCCUAAAAAUCUAGCUUUCGCGCAAUGUAAUUUCAUUCCAUAAAAAAUUCUCUCCGAAUUUCUUGAAAGUUUUGUUCAAGGAUCUUUUAAAGAACACUAUCAUCUUUGAGGUGAUAUUUGUACCCUAUAAAUAUUUAAACAGCUUUGCAAGAGGGAUGCAUCAAUCUGCCUUCCUCCUUUACUGAUCUAGAGAAACGUCAUCUUAGGCCUGCAAAAUCGAGAACCAUAGAAAAACAUACUUCUAUAAUAUACACCCCUGAUUCGCUUUCUGUUUUCUACUAUUUUUGCAGAAAUAUUGUACGCCUAAUUCAGUCUGAAAACAAAGUGGAACUGAGAUUUUUGCUAAGCGCAUACAAGUGCACUAAAGCUCAUGUAUACACCACACAUAUGCCAGAAAUCUCAUAUUUCUCUCACAAUAACCACCUUGUAUUUGUGCGUUCGAAUUUAAUUAUGGAAAAUACUAAUUAUUGGUAUGUGGAAUUCACUCUCCCUUUACUAUCCAAACAACACAAAAGAUCUAAACAUUGGAAAAAUCCUUUCCAUAGUUCCAUAAUCCUUACACUUCUCUCUUCUUUCGCCCGAUCCAAAAAGAAAGUGCUGCAGAAGCUUGCUUGCCUUGGACGAUCUCACGGGCCCCAAAAAUCUAGGUUUCGUACGUGAAAUGUUAUUCCAUUCCGGCAAAAAUUCUCUCCAAGUUUCUUGAAAAUUUUGCUCAAGUGUCAUUGAAAGAACACUAUCUUUGAGGUGAUAUUUGCACCCUAAUCAUUUUAAAACUGGUUUGCAAGAGCGGUGCCACUAAUCUGCUUGCCUCCUUUCCCGUUCUGGAGACUUGUGAGCUUA